CAAGCGCUAGUGGUACUGGCGCCGCCCCAGCUAAGCCGGCUCCGCGGACGCCGCGGACGGGAGCCGACUAGGGUCAAUUCCAGUCAUGCAGGUUGUAAGAAACGUGGGAUCUUGGCUCCUGCGGUCAUGGAUUUGGCCGCCGACGACCAGGGUCGCGGCCGGGGCGCCGGCCCCCGCCAUCCACACGGGCGCCUGGCAGCUGCAAGACGCGGCGGCCAAGCCGGAAGUUGAGAAGGCGGCAGCCCCGACCUCGGGCGGCAGCAGCUUCAGCAUUUACCCUCCAAUUCCAGGACAGGAGAGCUCUCUGAGGUGGGCAGGAAAGAGAUUCGAGGAGAUCCCGAUCGCACACAUUAAAGCAUCCUACAACAACACGCAGAUCCAGGUCAUGUCUGCCGCGAACCAGCCGCUUGCCCGCGCCUCCUGUGGCACAGAGGGCUUCCGGAACGCCAAGAAGGGCACGGGCAUCGCAGCCCAAACGGCAGGCAUAGCCGCCGCGGCGAAAGCUGCCGGGAAGGGCGUGACCCACAUCCGAGUUGUGGUGAAAGGCCUGGGGCCAGGGCGCUUGUCUGCCAUCAAGGGACUGACCAUGGGGGGCCUGGAAGUGAUCUCCAUCACAGACAACACCCCCAUUCCACACAACGGCUGCCGCCCUCGGAAGGCUCGGAGGCUGUGAGGGGAAGGAAGCCUGCACUGCACCCAACCUCAGGUCACACCUCUGGCCGGACCUCGUGGAUCACGCUGUCAGAGAUCACAGGCAGGAGGGGAGAGGUUGCCCCCUUACGUGGUCGCCUCUGCUCCUGCCUUGGGCUGGAGGUCGCUGUGCACUGAAGUGAAGCCGCGCCUCUCUGGGACACAAGGGGAGCCCCAGGGCAGCUGUGGCUCAGGCUCCAGCCAGUAAAUGCUGCCUCUGCUCUGCAAAAUAAAAACAUCUCGACCAUC